AUGUGUAGGGCCUUCCCUACAACGCUGAAGGGCGCGGCGAGAAUUUGGUUCAACCGACUGACAUCGAACUCUAUCAGCACCUUCAAAGAACUUAGCGCUCAAUUUACCACGCACUUCAUCAGAGGCCAUUGGUACAAGAAGUCUACGGCUUGUUUGAUGAGUAUCAAGCAGCGAGAGGAUGAAACUUUAAGAGCCUACAUAUCCUGCUUCAAUAAGGAGGCACUCUUGAUCGACGAAACCGAUGAUAAGAUACUUGUCGCAGCGUUCACGAAUGGGCUGAAGAAGAGUAAGUUUUUGUUCUCCCUGUAUAAAAACGAGCCAAAGACCAUGUCGGAAGUACUUUAUUGGGCCACAAAGUAUAUGAACACCGAAGACGUGCUGUUGGCCCGAGAAGAGAGGCAAAAAAAAAAAGAGAGGCAGGAAGACACUCGGCAGGAUCAAGGCCGAAAGAAAGCAAGGACGGGAGACCGAAGGGAUGAGAGGCACCCUAAGCCCCUGGGGGGAAGAUUCACGAGCUUCACUCCGUUGACCGCUCCGAUAGAUCAAGUCCUUAUGCAAAUCAAGGACAAGGAGGCUUUGACGUUCCUGGGAAAGCUGAAGAGUGAUCCUAACAAAUGUUCUAGGGAUAAGUAUUGUUGUUUCCACCGCGACCAUUGUCACGAUACGGCUGAUUGCUAUAACCUAAAGCAGCAGAUUGAGGCCCUCAUCAGACAAGGAAAACUGCAGAAGUUCGUUAGCAAGGAGAAAACGGAUCCACCCCCACAAGACCAACACCCCCGAUGGGAUAAUGAGCGACCAAAGCCCCCGAUAGGGGACAUAAGGAUGAUCGUAGGAGGAACGGCUGUCGCCGGGUCAUCCAAAAAGGCCUGCAAAAGCUACCUUCGAAUGGUACAAAAUGUUCAGCUGACGGGAGUUGUGCCGAAGAUAGCACGAAGAGAAGGCCCCAUAAUCGGGUUCUUAGAAGAUGAUGCAUGA